CAAACACCACAGGCCCAAAACACAACAGACCCAAAACACCUCCUUUAAAUAUUUGAAACCCUAAUUGUUGUUGUCUCUGACUCUGCACUCUCUUGGCCGAAAAUCGAUACUCAGGUAAGCCGCCAUGGUGAAGCAUAACAAUGUUAUCCCUAACGAACACUUCCGUAAGCAUUGGCAAAACUACGUGAAGACAUGGUUCAAUCAACCAGCAAGGAAGACCAGAAGACGAUUGGCCCGUCAGAAGAAAGCAGUUAAGAUUUUCCCUAGGCCUACUGCUGGACCACUAAGGCCAUUGGUUCAUGGUCAAACUGCCAAAUACAACAUGAAACUUCGUGCUGGUAAAGGAUUUUCCCUUGAAGAGUUGAAGGCUGCUGGUAUUCCCAAGAAGCUUGCUCCAACCAUUGGCAUUGCCAUUGAUCAUCGCCGCAGGAACCGUUCUUUGGAAGGCCUGCAAGCUAAUGUGCAGAGGCUGAAAACAUACAAGGCCAAGUUGGUUGUUUUCCCAAGACGUGCACGCAAGACCAAGGCGGGUGACUCUACACCUGAGGAACUUGCUAAUGCCACACAAGUCCAAGGCUCGUACUUGCCUGUUGUGAGGGAGAAACCAACUGUAGAACUUGUCAAGAUCACCGAUGAAAUGAAGGCAUUCAAAGCUUAUUACAAGCUCCGCCUUGAACGCACAAACAAGCGUCAUUAUGGUGCUAGGCUCAAGAAGGCUGCUGAGGCAGAAAAAGAAGACAAAAAGUGAUGACCUUAAGAAUUGAUAUUCUAUUCAUAUAGUAGUUGUUUCAAGACAAUUUUGUUUGAAAAUAGCUUUGUUAAGAACAUGCCAAGUCUGAAUCAUGGAUUUCUUUGCUUACCAUUAUUGUGUUCUGUUCCUCUGGUUUGUAUGUUGAACAAGUACUUGUGUUUUAUCUGGAUUUUGCAGCCGUGUUUAUUUUAUUCAUGCAUUUUCCUA